GGAGUGCAGCAAAAGUGCGGGAAAUCUCCGGAAAUGCUUUAACUAACGAACUAUUUGCCCCGCGAGCGUUGACAGCCGUCAGAAUCGUUCACAGUGUAACUGCCAAAUGUUAUUGUCAAUUGUUGUGUGAAAUUCGCCCGUUUGCCAGUUUCCUUUUGGUUUUUUUCUUCUCUACCUCUUCGUGCGCGAGGGAGACGGAAGCAGUCCCCAGCAUUCGCAUUCACCAUUUUCUCCCGUUCGCUUUACCCUUUGUUUGCGGCGGCUCGUCGAAAAAAAUCGGCGAAAAUCGGGAAAAAAAAUAGCGCAAAUGUAAAUAAACAAGGCUCGGAUGAGCAGUGCUUCGAUAAGCCAGCAAAAUGUGCGUAAAAAGCGAGAAUCAGUGACGAAAACAACUACGUGCUGCUGCGUUCAUUGACGCGCGAGCGUGAGUGUGUGCGUGCGUGUGUGUUUGUGAGUGUGUGUGCUGGCUGCUUCCGUGUGUGUGAGUGGUGUGUGUCAAAAAAAGCGUUUUUCAAACAACAAGCCAGCAACAAACAAAUCACCACAACACGUCACAAAUUGCAAUAGAAGCCGAAGCAGCAACACCUCAAAUCAAAAGAUCCCCCCAGCAACAACAACACCAAAAUCAUCAUCUGUCGUGUUCUCAGAGAGUGGGAAGAAGAAGAAGAAGGAAUAGCGUGAGAGAGAGAGAGGGGGCAAAAAGAAAGUCAACAGUCGCGUGUGAAAUGAAAUUCGAAAAAUGUCCGCGUUUGUGUGUGUUGAGUGUAUAGAAUUGAGUAAGAAGCAGCGCGGCAAAAGGAAAUAAGCUAAAGCAAUAGCAUAAAAAGGAACUACCAGCCACCAGCAGCAAUAGCAACAAAUAACCAAUGAAGCAAUCAAAUUUGGCAUAAUUUGCAUUGGCCGACGUUUUUGUCUCUAAAAGCCCCCCCAAAAAAAACCACCAUACAACACAAGCAGCACAAAUCUUUUGCCAAUGAGUCGCAGACAGUCAUUGGAUCGACCAGGAAUAUUGUCUCCUCCGGGUCCGUUUCUGACGCCCAGUCCAUCGCCAUCGAUCUCAGCUAGCCCUCGUCUGCAACCAUCGCCAUCGCUCUCGCCGUUCCCACAGGAUGUGGUGCUCGUAGCCGGUGGCAGUCAAGUAAACGCCAACAGCAAUCCCCAGGAACACGAGCGCAAGGCGGCGACGCCUGGCAGGAGACAGUCCAUCCACCAGUUCACCAAUGGCAGUCCCAAUGCUGGAACCGUUGUCUUUCAGCCGAGCCCCUCACAAUCGCCGGCCGCUGCCACGACGGUCAUCGGCGUGACCAGUGGUGGCCUGAUAGCCACCGCCGCCGGAGGAACUGGAGCCGGCUUAGGUGCCGGUGUAGGAGGAGGAGCUGGUAGCAGUGCCGGAGUGGGAGUGGGAGUGACACUGCAUGGAAAUGCCAUUGGGAACGAGCUGAAUGCUACUCUGGUGGGAUCCAAUAAUAUCCAGCUCAAUAAGAAGGGCACAAAGCGGGCAACCCAGCAGCAGCAGCAGCAACAACAGCAACAGCUGGGCCACCAGAUCUUCAGCAGCGCCGUUGCACCCACCUCGAUCAGCAGUGCGACUGCGGUGGCAGCCGGCGGAGGAGGCUAUGGACAGUUCAAUGCCACCGCCAUCAGCACGCCCACCUCGUUUGCCACCUCGGUUGGCAGUGUGGUCACCAGCAGCGGGGCCAAAGGUCCGACGAAGGGUCAGAAGGGGCAGCACCAGCACCAGCAGCAGUUCCAGCACUACCAGAGCAGCAGUCCCCUGAUAGCAGACAGUCCCAUCCCGAGUCCCAGCGGCGCCAUUGCAGCGGCUGCGAUUAAGCCGCCAACGCCGCAGCCCCAACCCAUGCAGAUGCUGCCCCAGCAGUUCACCAUCUCGCAGCAGCCGCAGCAACAGCAGCAGGCGCAGCAGGUCUUCCAGUUUAUCCAGGGACCGCAGGGCCAGCUCAUAGCCACCACACAACAGCAGCAGCAGCAGCCCAUCCAGCAGCAGCAGCAACAACAACAGCAGCAGCAGCAGCAACAACAGCAGCCGCAGCCUCUCCAGCAGCAGCAACAUCGAUUCGUUAGCAAUGCCGGAGUCACAAUGCCAACCGGCAAGACCGGCAAGGCACCGCAACAAAUCCUGCCCAAGCCGCAGCAGGAGUUGCAGCAGCAAAAGAAAGGCUCAACCGCCGGUGGAGCACAGAUCUCGCAGUCGUCGCAACAAACUGGCCAGGCCAACAAUCCCACCCAACAACAACAGCAGCAGCAACAACAACAGCAGAUCCUGCUACCUGCAACCACCAGUCAGCCGCAGCAGUUGCUCCUUAACCAGAUGCCCGUGCUGGUGCAGCAGAAUCCGCAGGGCGUGCAGCUGAUCCUGCGUCCGCCCACACCACAGCUGACGACCACGCCCUCCCUGGUCAUCCAGCAGAAUGCCCGGGGACAGCCCCAGCUGCAGACGCAGCCGGCACAGCAGCAAUUGCUGCGGAUAGUGGGCACCAAUGGAGCGACCAUGCAGCUGGCUGCCGCGCCCACCUUCAUUGUGUCCUCGCAGGCGAACCUUAUCCAUCAGACGGCGGCGGGUCAGUUCCAGAGCGCCAUCAAGACUGGCACGCAGCUCACGGGUUUGCAUGCGGCCCUAGCACAGGCCCAGGCCCAGGCGCAGGCGCCACGAUCUCAGCCGUUUGCCACGACGGCCACGUUGAACACGCAGCUCCUCGGCCAGAGUGUGGCCGCCCAGCUGCAAAAUCUACAAUUGGCGGCGGCCCAAAUCCAAAUGCCCAACGGCCUCACUGCGAUCUCCCAACUGCCAGCUCAUCUGCAGCAGAGUUUGGGUGGAGCCACCAUCAACCUGAAUCAGCUGAAUGGGGCGCAUCUACAGCAGAUAGCCAAUGCUUUUCAGACGCCGCAGGCUCCGGGGACAAACCAAGGCGGAGGUGCCAGCACGACGGCGGAGCUCUUUACCCAGUCCUCGCCAGCGCAUGUGCCGCUGGCCGUCACCCCAGAGCCACUGCGCCAACCGACGCCGGUGCCCAUGAUGCAGCAGCAACAGCAGGCGGCGAUGGCCACCAUUCAGUUGCAGCAGCAACAGCAACAACAGCAGCAGGCGCAGAUCCAACAGUUGCAGCAUCAACUUCAGCAAACUCAAUCCCAGGUGCAGCAGGCCCAGCAAUCUGUCCAGGCGACCACUGUUCCGGAGCCCAAGAAGAAGCCACGACCACGCAAGAAGAAGCAGGCGCCAGCAGCAGCAGCUCUAACUCCAGCAGCAGCCGCUCCUCCAGUUGCGUCCGUCGAGGUGAGACCACCGACACCCCAGAAGAUAGCCAUCGCGGCCACGCCCACGCCACCGCAAAUAGUGCGCUCCAAGUCGCCAUCGCCACCACCAACGACCAUCCAGCGAAGUAGCAAUGGAAAGCUAGAUCUCGGCGAUGUGAUGAAGUUCUGCGGCAUCACUGGUGACGAUGAUGACGACGAGGACUACGGGAUGGGCCUGGACACGGGGCUAGCACCCGAACCCGAGCCAGCGAACCAGGCCCAGGUGACUCCCAGCAGCGGAGCAGCGACGGCAGGCAGCAGCGGCGACAUCAUGAUCUCCAUACCGAACCAAAACGGCAGCGAUGGCCUGCCAUUCACCCUGACCAUUCCCGCUCCGCAGCCUCAGUCCUCGACCUCCUCGCAGGCGGGAAACGAAUCAGCCACCGAAAUACCAAAUAUCCUCAUCAAGAUCGAUCCUAGUGCGGAGGCAGCGGUGCCGCCAUUUGGUCUGUCCACUCCACGGCUGCCCACGGCCGAGGAGAUCCAGAAGCAGGCGCAGCAGCAUUUGGCGCAACAGGCGGCAGCAGCUGCAGCGGCAGCCAAGGCGACCACUACUGCCACUCCGACCAUAAACAUAAGCCUGCCCAGCAUGACGCUGCAGCCGCAGGUGACGCCGGCACCCAUGGUCACGCCCACCCCGGCGCCAACUUCCAACCCCGUGUCCACAACGGCGGCUGUGAAGCCAAGAAGAAAGCCUGCGGUGCGAAGGAACGCGAAGAAGCCGGAGGUAACCACCAGCAGCGGCAGCACCAUGAUCUCAUCGAGCAGCAGCACCACAACGAUCAGUAGCAGCACCAGUACCAUCCUAAACAACAGCCAACCCACCACUGUAAACACCAUCACACUGACCACGCCCACUCCCGCCACGAGCAGCAGCAAUCCCACCCUGAUGCUGACCCACGGAACGCCGACGGCAGUGCCAAGUCAGAUUGGCAACAUUCAGAUCUCACAGGUGCACAAUCAUCACCAAUCCGCCCUGCCGGUAAGCAGUGCGGUGGAGAACAAGAUCCAGAUAAUGCCGAUUCUUCCGCCGGGAGCAACGGUAAUGGGAGGUACACCUGGAGCGGGAGCUCAUGCGCCCACCUCCCAAUCCACCCAGUUGGUCUUUCAGCCAACGGUGCCCUCGGUGGCGCCUACGAUCAGUACGGAAUCCACUGGGUUCAAGUUGUCCAGCGAUGGUCGACAGAUGCAACUGGUGGCCAUACCGCAGGCUACUCCUCCGCCGACGACAGCCAGUGCGGCCCAACCAGCGGUCUCUACGCCCACGCCGGCCUUAACCGCCGGGGGAGCCACGAUUCUGCCACCUCAGUUAACUGGAAUGCCCGCCAAUGUAUCGGUUUCAGUGGGAUCUCCUGCAUCGGCUGCGGCUCUGGUGCCACAGCUCACUGGUAGUCUCACGCUCACCGUGUCCGAGCAAUGCGAGCGACUGAUCCUGCGACAUGAUCCCAACAAUCCCCAGGACCAUCAAUCGCAGCUCAUCCUGCAGGCACUGCUCAAGGGCGCCCUGCCCAAUGUGACCAUCAUCAAUGAGCCGACGCGUGUGGAUCCCAACAAGCAGCCAACGCCAAUGUUGCAGUCCCAACAGCAAGUCAUCCAAAUCCCCCAGCCAGUGGCUCAACCUCAGCCCAAUCUGCAGCAGCAACAGGCGCUACCCAAGGUUUCAACAGGUCCCAAAAUAGAAGUUAAAGUGGCUAACAAUAGAAAGUUGUUAGGACAGGGAGCCCAUAUCGCCAGCAGCAUGCUGGGAAUGACGAGCACCACAACCACCAUGUCUACAAUGAAGCCCCCGGCAUCCAUUCCCGCCAAGCAGAACGAAAUGCUGUCCUCCUUCCCGCCUCUGCCGCUCAACUCCCAGGUUCUCAUCCAGCAGCAGCCACUGAUUCCGGCGCAGCUGCAGCCCCAGUUGCAGCCCGUCACCGUGCCCGUGAGCCUUCCCACUCAGCCUGCAACCAUCUCCGUGCCAAUACCCUCGCCGGCACCUGCUCCACAACUGGCCAACAGUGGACAGCAGCGCUAUAUUGCCCUGCCGCCCAUCGAUCCCACCACUCAGCAGUUGUUCUGCCUGAACAGCGUGACCAAUCAGAUAACGGCGAUGAGCGCGGGUCAAACGGCAGCUUCGAUUGGACCCACAGAGCGCCUGCUUAUUGCUCCGGCUGGGAUAAAUGCCCAACAGCUGGCCCAGUGCCUGCAGUUGGGACAACUCCAUUUCAACGAUGUUAAUCCACUGCCCGCCCAGCAGCAGCAGCAGCAGCAGCAAGUCGCGGUCAGUGGUGCCUCAUCGUCGAUGGCACUUUCUAUGCCACUGCGACCUCAGCCACCGCAGCAGCAGAUCGUGCAUCCCAUCCAGCCCAUCACGAAUGGAUUGGCCAUUACCACAACGGCCAGUACCACACUGACCACCACCACGAGCACCACCUCACUGACUACGGUGACCAAACAGGUGGCCAAUGUGGCGCCAAUAAUCGAUCAAAGCAAGGCGAAACUGGAGCCGGCUAAGGCAGCCACCAGUGGAGCUGGUGGUGGCGCGGUGGUCAAGAAGAAGCCUGUUAGGAAGCCCAAGGCGACGCCGACCAAUGCCUCCGAGUUGGCCAAUCUAAAGAACGCCAGCGUGGUUAAGCCGAUGCCAAAGUUGGAUCCCCUUUCGCAGAAGCCCAACAACAAUCCGGUGCAAAUUGUCCAACCGAAUGUGGCCAGUGGCAAACAAAUGAUUGUGGUGGGCAGCUCCAGUUGCACAACAACCACCACGACUACGAUGAGUGCCAGCAUCCAGCCCUUCCAGACGACGAGUGGCACCAAAUUGGUUGGCGUUACGGUGCCCAUGCAGCAGCAACAACCGACUGGCACGGCAGCAAUAUUGCAACAACAGCAGCAACAGAGGACGAGCUUUAGCUUGACGGCCACCACGGUGGCUACACCUGCUCCGAUGCCAUCUCCAACAGUGGCUUCUGGAGUCGGCCAAUUGCAAUUGCAACAGCUGCCACCCCAACAACAACAACAACAGCAGCAGCAGUUGCAAUCCCAGCAGCAGCAGCAGCAACAAUUGCAGGCUCCCAAGCAACAACAACCGCAACCGAACACUGUGUCCCGGGUGCAGACCAUCCAACUAACACCCCAAAUGCAACAGAUUUUCAAGCAGGUCCAAAUGCAGAUCCAGUUCCUCACCAUAAAGCUGCAGAACAAAACGACCUUCCUGCCCGUCUCCUCGGAAAUUGAUCCGUCAACCAUUGCCGCCUACAACAAGCCGAUGACCGAUGCGGAAAUAAAUCUGGCACUGCAGCGACUCUUUGCCGAGCAGCACCGAAUCCUGGCCUCCGGCAAGGAGGUGCCCACUCCGGAGGGUAUGUUGCCAACGGCAAACGGAAGUGGAGGAUUUACGCUGAUGCCACAGGCAGUGCAGCAGCAACAGCAGCAACAGCAACAGCAGCAGCAGCAACAGCAGCAGCAGCAACAGCAACAGCAACAGCAGCAGCAGCCACAGUUACAACCGACGGUCUCUGAGCCACUGAAGACAAUCGUGCCCGCCAAUGUGGUGCAGCCCAACAACCACUCAUCCACCACAGCAGCCGUAGCAGCCGUAGCAGCCGCUGGCGGUGUCGCAGCUACUCCCAAUGCCCAACAGAACAUAACCCAGAGGAUACACAUCUAUCCCAUGCAGCACCAGCAGCAGCAACAGGCGGGCAACAAACAAAAGCAGGCGCAACCCAAGCCGCAGCAGGAGCAACAAUCACAGCUCCAAAUAAAACCCAAAGAGCCGGCCAACAGGAACAAAGCCAAUAGCAACCAACAGCUGCAGCAAAACCCACAACAACUGCAACAACAGCCACCAAACGGAAGCAUCAAUAUGUUACCACAAAAAGUAAAUAUGCUGCCUGUCCAGCAGCAACAGCAACAACUUCAGCAGCAGCAGUCGCAGCCAACAUUGCUCAACAAGAGCGGACCACCACCUCUGAUCUUCGCCAGCUCCACAAAUCUGCUUAACAACAGCAACAGUGGCAACACUCUCACUAGCAAUUCGACAAUACAAGUGAACAGCAUGUUGCCUCUGCCACCAUUGCAACCCCAACAGCAACCACAGCAGCAGUUACAGCAGCAGCAGCAACAGCAGCAGCCAACGCCAAUCCUACCACCAGUAGCUGCAGCAAUGGGUGUUGGAGUGGCGCCAGGACCAAUUGGAAAUCUUGUGCCAACACUACCGAGCAUACCGAGCCUGCCCCUUUACAUGCCGAACAAAAUGGACGAAAUGCCAACGCAGAAACCCAAAAUUGCACGCCUCUCCUUAUUCGUGCGCCAACUGGAGGUGGACCAAGAGAGCUGUCUGAAGCCUGACUAUGUUAAGCCCUUCCGGACCAAGGAUGAGGCGGUUAAGAGGCUAAUCAGGUACCAUUGCAUGCAUGAAAACGAUGUGGAGUUGCCGUCCGAUGAAGACGAGGAGUUUGAGUCCACCGCUCUGGGAUUCCAAGAUAAGUUCAGACAGCUUAAUGGCAAGUUCCAGGAAAUACUGAUGCAGGAAUCAACGUUACAACAUCGCACUUCGGAGAUUUUGCAAGUCCAACAGCUUAUGAUUGACGAUCUUAAAGGCGAGAUCAACGACAUUCGCACCGCUGAAAAGGAGUUGGAGCAGCAGCUGAAGGAGGAGCAGAACAGCGAUAAAUCAACGCUGGCCAGCGAUCUCCAGCCAGAGGCUAAGAUUAAGGAGGAGAUUAAACAGGAACCGAUCGAUAAGUCAGCCCAACCGGACGGCGUUGUGGACAAGUUUGAUUUACUUAAAAACAGCGCUGAUGUCAACAAGGCAUUCAGCAAGUCACAGCCACAGCAGAGUACGACAGUAAAGCUUGAGGAAAGCAACGAAGCUGGUGAGGCCUCAGUAAAUGGAUCUGUGAAGAGCGAGGGUCAGGACAAGGAAUCUUCGAAGUACAUCAAAAAAGACUACGACAAUUUCGAUAUCGAGUCUGAGCUCACCACCAGCUUCAUCAUGAAAAAGGUGGAGAACAAAGCAGCUUUGGCCAAGAGCGCUGAGGCUCGCUACCAAGAAAGAAACUUGAUGGACCAACAACAGCAGCAACAGCAAGCACAUAUCAAGGGCAAUGGAGGAGAUAACGUGGAUCAGGACGAUGGCUGGUAUUGCCUGCAAAAGGAGCUUCAUCUUAUGAAUAAUGAUCCAAUGCAGCAACCGACACAACAGCUAAAUGGCAACCAGCAGCAUAUGCCCGUCAACCGUCAAACGGCGCAGCAGCAACAGCAGCACUUCUUAGACAACUCCAACUCUAACAACAUGAUGAACAACAGUAACCAUAUGUCCGACCUGUUCCCCAAUGGAUGCAUUGAUAAGAGCAACCAGAGUACCACCAGCAGCAGCAAUAGUAGUUGCGUUAGUGAAAACCAUGCUGGCUCCAAUCCCGUCAAGACUGUCUCGUCGUGCAGUGGUCAACGCGAACAGCCAGUGGUCAUCGAUGCUGAGCAACAGAACGAGCAUCCUGCCAUCAGUGAAUUCUUCAGCAGCGACUCGGAUGUGCAAAAGUCCGUGGAGACGCGACUGGAGGCCAUGUUUGGGGAGUCACCCGUGCAUCUGGACGUGAAGAGUAGCAGCGAUGCCCACGACAUUGAGUCCAACCUGGACGAGAUCUUUGGGGACUCGAAAUCGCCGGCGGUCAACCACAAGAGUAAGAUGAGCAUGUGGGUGCCAGAUGCCACAUUUAUGCAGCAGACGCCGCAGCAGCAGGCGCCGCAACAGCAGCAGCAGUAUGCAGGCGCGCAACAACCAUCACAGCAGCAACAUCACAUUGAACUGAACUGCAACAAUAAUCCACGCUGGAUGCAGAGCAUGGAGGCGCACUACAGCGACUUCCUUUCCAGCGGAACCAGCAACGGCGAGGUGGUGAAUGGAGGAGAGACGCGGAAACGGAGCUGGGAUAGCCAGCUGAUGGGCUCCGGCAGCGAUAUGGAAGAUGACAACAGCAGCAAGCGUCUGUGCACUGCUUCGUCGUCGUCCUCUUCAUCGCCCAUGUCGUCGCAGCAGCAGCAACAUGUCCCAGUGCCCCAGCAUGGUCUCCUGGACUCGGACAUGCUGCCAGCUGGAUUCCCCCAGAUGUUCAUGGAGCAGCAGCAACAGCAGGUUCAGCAACAACACAACUUUUCCUAUGCCAACAUUCUGGAUCAGCAGCAGCAACAACAGCACCAGCAGCAACAUUUCCAGCACAACCUGCAGCAACAGAUACAGCAGCAGCAGCAGCAGAUGCAUGUUAACCACAUGGGCGGAGCAGCAGUAGUGGCUGGCGGAGAGUACGACGAUGACAUUAGUCGGCAUGUGGCCAGCGCCAUUGACAGCAUCCUGAAUCUGCAGAACAGCGGUGACUCGCUGCAGUUCUCUCUGGGCUCGAUCCUGGGCGACACGCUGGACGACCAGCGGCAGGCGGGCGGCACUAUGCCCAGCUGCCAGCAGGAGCAGGUGAUUCAGCGUCGCCGCCAACUGGGCGAGGAGAUGAACGACUGUCUGAUCAGUGGCGGUGGCUCCGCAGUUAGCGGAGUGGCGGACAACAGCAGUAACAUACUGCUGGAGCACCACCACCAACAGCAUCAGAUGAUGCAGAGCCAUCAGCAACAGCCCCACCUGCAGCACCAUCACCAUCAGAACAUGGCGCAGGCCCAGGCGCAGCAUUUGGGACAACUGAACGACUUUAGCUGCGUGGCCGGCGGCUUGGAUGAUCCGGUCAAGUCGAUAAUGACCUCCUGACUUGGAGCGCCAAGCACCUCCGCCGCGGAAAACGCCUCCAACAGUCUGAUACUAGAGUUUAAUGCCACCACCUUGUGAAAAACGGUUGAUAAUAAUGACUUCCUGAUUGUAUAGAUACCCGUCUUAGUUGUCCUUGGUUAUUGUUUUACCCCCGAGUACAACCUUUAAUUAGAUUUAAGUUGAAAGCGUAGCAUAAAUUGUUUUUAAUUAUUGUUUGUAUUGUUUAGUCCAAUGUUUUGUACAAUAUUUGACCAACCCUCAGAUUACCAAUUACUUAAUACAAGGGGAAUGUAGAAAGAGAGAGAGGUGAAAGUGAAGGCAUCGGCAUCUAUAAUACGACAGCCCCAAUAAAGCCAAGAAAGCAAUUGACGUGGUGAAUUGAAAACUAAACGACGAAUAGCAUCAAAUGCUUCUCACAGAGGUACACUAAAUGGAACAUAAUAUUAUAAAUUAUAUAGCUACAGUAACUAAGAGAAAGCCCCUAGACAAUUUAUUCAAAUGAAACCAAGAAAAGUACGUAAGAAAAUGAAGGCAAUGAUGAGAUGAGGUGGAAUCACGCGCAAACAAAAGGGAAGGAAAACGAAUUGGUUGUAUAAUUCAUAAUUAAGUUACUUGAAGCAAUUCUGAGAAACAAUUAAAAUCACGUUGCCAAUUUUGUUGUCGUUGCAAUAUCAGGCAGAGCAAUUUAUCCGCAUCCAAUCGAUUUUUAGAAGCCCAGAUAAAAUAUAUUUAUUUAAGAAUUACGUUGCGAAAGAGUUUUGUAAAUAGUUAAAGCAUGCAGCAGUUUCAAUCGCGCCCCAAGAGCUGUCUAACCAGAUUAUAAAUAUAUAUAGCUAAGCAUUUUUAAAGAGGAGAUAUCAUUUAAUGCGCUUUACGUACGACUGCUUCUGAUAUUACAGACAAACAAACCAACCAACCAACCAACUAACCUAUUGACGUGCUCAAUUCGAGAGUAAAGAAUAUUUCGGCAUAGCUACGGGUGUCAUUGGAAAGCAAAUGCAAAGAUCUUAGGGAUUAUCGAGUACCAACUAUGGCAAACUACGAAGCAAACCAAAAGCAGUUCAAAAAUCACAAUUUUAGCCAAUUUAGUUUAAACAUUUAUAAAUUAUUGAAUCUAAUGUAAUAUCUUAUACACUUAAACCGAUCGAUUGAAGAGAGGAGCUGAUAAUAUUGAGAUGAGGAACCACAGGAAAAAAAACCAACAACAAAUUAACGAAUCGUAUCAAUUGUAUCUUGAUCUUGCGACAAAUCUGACUUGUGAUUUGUGCCACGUUUUAAAUAUAGAUGUCUGAUUAGCUUGUAAACAUACAUAAUAAAUACGAUUAAAGUCUAUACAAAAAAAAAAACACCCACACUCAGUAAGCCACUACAAAGUUUAUCCAAAACGAUUCGGAUUCGCGAGUCGCGAAAGCAAUUGUAAAUGUUUGGCGUGGGAAGGGCGGGCGCCACGCAUCAAUUACAUACCAAUUACAAUACUAACUACUACUUUAAUACCACCACUAACACACCUACUACGAUACGUACUACCAUGGACGGAAUGCUUGUAUUACGUGUAGUCUGUAAGGGAACUUCAAGAGGUACCAUAUUUUAAGAUGUGCUUCGUUUAUUCAGGCCCCUCAUCCAUGAUUCCCAAACCAUAACCCGAACCCAUCCUCUCCCCCUUAAAAAAAAAAUACAAAGCUGUCCCCACCUGUCCAGCGUCCCGUCUGAGUUGCAUGAUCUUGUAUUUCUAUUUUGAAACUUUCUAGUUAUUAUUCAAAGACAAAUAACUUUCGUGUAAAAAUGUAUAUGUAAUAGCAUAAUUUAAGUUUGCAACCCAAAACUGAAUAAAUUUAAAUCUAUUGAUACAUUAUUAA